AUGCGUGUCUAUAGUGUGACAACAAAUUCCUUCGACGAGCGGUUGGUCGAUGUCAAGCAACCCCAUAAUCUUGCCAUUCUGUCCCACGCUGUUGGCACUUCUUUCUCUUCCAGUAUUCAACCAGCCUCAGAAGUUGCCAUCAGGUACGGCGCCACGUGCCUCUGGGAAUUCUCAAUUUGCAUUGACCAAACCUCCACCUCUGACGUCGGCCAAGCUGUUACGGAAUGCUACUCGCGGCUUAAAGGAGCACUGGUCUGCCUGGUCUACCUUCAUGAUCUCCCCACGCUGAGCUCGUCCAUCGACGGAGAGGCUUGGAAAGCAUGCAGGUACUGGACCCGAGCCUGGCCAUUAGCCGAAUUCGUGGUGCCCAAGAGAGUAGAAAUCUUCGACUGCGAAUGGAAUCACCGCGGGAGCAAAGGCUCCACGGAGCUUCUUCCCCUCCUCUCGGGAAUCACGAACAUACCCAAGCGUGUCCUCCAAGAUCCAGAGACAAUGCUAGACACGCCGGCCAGCCUCCGGAUAUCUUGGUGCUGCAACAGGAACGCCAGUCAACCAGAAGAUGUGGCUUAUGUUCUAAUGCCAAUCCUGGGUAUCAACAUUCCAACACGUUACGGAGAAGGCUCUAUUGAGGCCUUCCUACGACUCCAGAAGGCGUUUCUUCUUAAGUCUCUUGAUGCUUCCAUUCUAUUCUGGGGACACGGCCAGCAAGACGCGAUUGACGGACUUCUUGCACAGUCUCCGGCUGAGUUUACACAUGCCUCUACAGAGGGACCUUCCUACAUCAAAUCACCAUGUUCGACACUCCAAGCGAGCUAUGAUUGGGACUGGGAAAUUAUCGACAAAAACCAGCUGAAGCCCUCUUCAAAAGGAGCUCCAAUUGACAAGGUUGCAAUGAGGCCAAAGGAUGAUCCGUCCGGAGCCUCGGAGGAUGACGAAUCACAGUAUACACCCUUUCAAAUUACGGGCAUCAAGCGUAAAAGAUCUGCCAGCUCAGUCACUGCAUUUGCGACUGAUCAAAAUACACCCCGGGCCCACGUUGAUAUCUUUGUGCAGGAAGAAUCAGCAUGGGACGAUGACUUUUCGGACAGCGACAGCGAUAGCGACUGUAGCUGUCACUGCCACUCCCAAUUCUAUUAUACUGAAGAAGCGGAAGAAGAGGAUUUCGUGCUCGGUCCCUCUCAUGAGCUUCAUGGGCUAAGGCUGGAUAUUGUGGAGUACGCGUUUGAUGUCAUUCAGAGAAACCUGGAAGCCGCUGUCUACAUUGCUCCGCCCGAUGACAGGCUUCCUCCUCAGAAACGAUUCAAGAUGGCAAAAUGGGAGACGCCUGGUGAUGGAAAACCACUUGCAUAUCGAACCAAGGGCUACUUUCACUUAGCUUGUCCGUUCUAUAUCACCAACCCCACAAGAUAUCAAUGCUGCCUCCUCCAGCAUGAUCUGCAGUCUAUCGAAGACGUUAUAAGACACGUUAGUGAGCACCAUACAGAGCCACCUUAUUGUCCAAUAUGUAGACGGGAGUUUGAGCGAGCUUUCACGCGCGAUAUCCAUGUUCGAGAAAGGGCCUGUACUCCGUCCACAGGAGACGUGGACGGUGUGAAUGAUCGCCAAAAGCGAAUGUUGGUAAAGAAGGACAAAAUUCAAACGGGGGAACGGAAGAGGUGGAUGCGAAUAUGGCGUACAGUGUUUCCAAAUAGGGAACUCACGGACAGCCCUUACUUAGACAGUGGUUUGGGCCACGAUAUAUCUAUACUCAGGGAUUGCUGGGCAUCAAAUGGUUAUGAUACAAUUAUGGAAUUUCUCGGUAAAAUUGAGAUGUCGGACGGUUUCGAACUACGGGAUAUCAAGGGCCUCUCUAAGAUUUGUCUAGAGGACCUUGUAAAGAGGCUGGCUGAGACGCGCGAUCUUUCCUUGAGCAAUACCCACACAUCCUGA